CAACUCCGUGACAGCUUUGCAUCCCUGGACCGGCGGAGAACUCCGUGUUUUCUUGUACAACUUUAACAAAUGCGGCGGCGGAUUUAUUGGCAAAAAUGACAUCCAUCAUCAAGCUGCACACUAUAUCUGGGGCGAUGGACGAGUCCCCGCCAUGCUAUAUCCUUCAGAUAGACGAUGUGCGGAUCUUACUCGACUGCGGAUGGGACGAAAAGUUCGAUGCCAACUUCAUUAAGGAACUGAAGAGGCAGGUGCACACCUUGGACGCCGUGCUGCUGUCCCAUCCGGAUGCAUAUCAUCUUGGCGCCCUGCCAUACUUGGUGGGCAAGCUGGGUCUCAAUUGCCCCAUCUACGCCACCAUUCCCGUGUUUAAAAUGGGCCAAAUGUUCAUGUAUGACCUUUACAUGUCGCACUUUAACAUGGGAGACUUCGAUCUAUUUUCGCUGGACGACGUGGACACGGCCUUCGAAAAGAUCACCCAGUUGAAAUACAACCAAACGGUUUCACUGAAGGGCAAAGGAUAUGGAAUAUCCAUUACGCCUUUGAACGCUGGACACAUGAUUGGCGGCACCAUCUGGAAGAUCGUCAAGGUAGGCGAGGAGGAUAUUGUGUACGCCACCGACUUCAACCACAAGAAGGAGCGCCACUUGAGCGGCUGCGAGCUGGACAGGCUGCAAAGACCUUCGCUGCUAAUUACCGACGCCUACAAUGCACAGUACCAGCAGGCCAGAAGGAGGGCUCGCGAUGAAAAGCUCAUGACCAACAUCUUGCAGACGGUGCGUAACAACGGCAACGUACUGAUAGCCGUGGACACGGCAGGACGAGUGCUGGAGCUGGCUCACAUGCUGGACCAGCUGUGGAAGAACAAGGAAUCGGGUCUGAUGGCCUACUCGCUGGCCCUUCUUAACAAUGUGAGCUAUAACGUGAUUGAGUUCGCCAAGUCGCAGAUCGAAUGGAUGAGUGAUAAACUCACGAAGGCUUUCGAAGGUGCCCGCAACAAUCCCUUCCAGUUCAAGCACAUCCAGCUGUGCCACUCGUUGGCGGACGUCUAUAAAUUGCCCGCUGGUCCGAAAGUGGUGUUGGCCAGUACUCCAGAUCUGGAGAGCGGAUUCACGAGGGAUCUCUUCGUGCAAUGGGCCAGCAAUGCCAACAAUAGCAUAAUCCUCACUACGCGCACGUCACCCGGCACUUUAGCCAUGGAACUGGUUGAGAACUGCGCACCGGGCAAGCAAAUCGAAUUGGACGUCAGGCGAAGAGUUGAACUAGAAGGAGCAGAGCUGGAGGAAUACCUGCGCACACAGGGCGAGAAACUUAAUCCCCUCAUCGUAAAGCCCGAUGUGGAGGAGGAGAGCAGUUCCGAGUCCGAGGACGACAUCGAGAUGAGCGUCAUCACGGGCAAGCAUGAUAUUGUGGUCAGACCGGAGGGUCGCCAUCACUCCGGAUUUUUCAAGUCCAACAAACGACAUCACGUGAUGUUCCCCUAUCACGAGGAGAAGGUGAAGUGCGAUGAGUAUGGGGAGAUUAUCAAUUUGGACGACUACCGCAUUGCGGAUGCGACGGGCUAUGACUUUGUGCCCAUGGAGGAGCAAAACAAGGAGAAUGUAAAGAAGGAAGAACCGGGCUUGGGAGCAGAUCAACAGACUAACGGAGGCAUUGGCGACAAUGAUGUUCAGUUGCUGGAGAAGCCCACUAAGCUGAUAAACCAACGCAAAACAAUCGAAGUGAAUGCCCAAGUACAGAGGAUCGAUUUCGAAGGUCGCUCUGAUGGCGAGUCCAUGCUAAAGAUCCUCUCCCAGUUGAGACCACGACGGGUUAUCGUCAUACACGGCACUGCCGAGGGCACACAAGUGGUGGCCAGGCACUGCGAGCAGAAUGUCGGUGCGCGUGUUUUUACGCCCCAGAAGGGCGAAAUCAUUGAUGUCACCACUGAGAUCCACAUCUACCAGGUACGUCUGACGGAAGGACUGGUCUCCCAGCUGCAGUUCCAAAAGGGCAAGGACGCGGAGGUGGCGUGGGUGGAUGGUCGACUGGGCAUGCGCGUCAAGGCCAUCGAAGCACCCAUGGAUGUUACUGUGGAGCAGGACGCGUCCGUGCAGGAGGGCAAGACAUUGACUCUGGAAACACUGGCGGACGAUGAGAUCCCUAUCCACAACUCAGUGCUCAUUAACGAGCUGAAACUGUCCGACUUCAAGCAGAUUCUCAUGCGCAAUAACAUCAACUCGGAGUUCUCCGGCGGCGUACUCUGGUGCAGCAACGGAACUCUGGCAUUGAGGCGUGUGGAUGCCGGCAAGGUGGCCAUGGAGGGAUGCUUAUCCGAGGAGUACUACAAGAUCAGGGAGUUGCUGUACGAGCAGUAUGCGAUCGUUUAAUAUUAAAUAUGACGUUUGUCUAAACUCCGCAUGUUUUACUUAUUAAGAUCAGAAAUCGUUUUAAUAUAAGAAUAUUAAUUGUA